UGUACCUCCGCCGUUGGACCGUGGCGGGAUACUUAAGGUCCGGACGGUUAUGGUCAGGUAUGGGCUUACUACUCAGGAUAAGUUCUCACCGUCAAAAAGCUAUAGUCGAGUAUCAUGUAUGAAAAAGUCACCCAUGAAAGGAAGGUGUCGAAGUUUGUCUGCUCUUGCCCCCACAAAAUUUACUGAUGCUGGUCAUUUUAUCCCUCUAACAGCAUGCUGUGUACAAGUAGAACCUUUGAGUUCACUUCCAGUUGAGUACGCUUCAGUAGUGACUAGGCCAUGCUCAAUAGUCUGCGAGGUAGCGUCUAUUCUGAAUGAAGAAGAGGAUUUUCAAAUACAAAUAAACACAGACGACCCUGUAAACAUAGAAUGUCACAUAUCUCUCCCUGUUCUACCAGCGUCUCUUCAGGACUAUGCAUCUCCUGAACCCAGCCUUGUACCUGACAGUAUUCCUAUGUUCACUAAUAUCACCGGGGGUCGGACUAUUUGGUGAAUUCCAUUCAAGUAUGUUCUCAGUAACCCCAUUGAUGAAAGUAUAAACCUGAUGAUACCAUGUCAUUAGCAAAUGCACUUGUCGGGUAACCAGCUCAUUUUUGUUGAUUCAAACUGUCUUGGUUAAAACGCAGUUAAUAUAUGAUCAGCAGCCACUUGAUUCAAAAUAUUUAUUCAGAAAAGCUCCCCUCACAGUCGGUCUAAAUUUCCCAAAGAAUUUCAGAUGUAUUUUAACGGUUUAACCAAAGCAGAGAAAGUAGGCUCAUUUCUCGCCCAAUAUUUGCUCGAGUUUUGUUUUAUUGUAGUCUAACUGGCUUAGUGUACCAGCAAAAUCCUUUAGAUCGUGAGUUUUAUUUCAUUGAAAUAUAUAGAUAAGGAAUACAGUUUUCUGGUUCGCUAUGGGAAAGUUCCCCCAGGGUACUGGAAUGGCUUACAUGGUACCAUAUAUCUUUUCAGGGUUUUUCAAAUAACCAUUUUUGCGAGAUCUGGUUUCAAGUUAGUGUUUUUCCAAUGUUAACGUAUAUGUCCACACUGCUGAUAGGUAUUUUGAAGUAAUGUAAUCACUUUGUAAAUCAUUUCAUUCCUUCUCAUCUUGCAUACGCAUAUGUUCAUACCUGCUUGUAUACUUAUUUAUCACCAGAGUUUAGAUAUAGUUCAAAUUCAGUCGAUGUAACUCAUCUGCACUAGUUUUCUACUAGGUCUUGAGACUACCAAUAUCCCUUAGGUUGCAUACAUUACUUUGCUUCAUAUCCAUUCGAGUCUUGUAUUGAUAUAUAUAUUACGGCUUCGUCGUUAAUUUUCCCUUGAUGUAAGCGUAAAAACGUAGUACAUAUUAGUGUUAGGUUACCGUGAAUAUUUCACCCUUGUUUUAUUCUGGUCUGUAUAAAGGUUAAACAGCUUUUGCGUUCCAAUACUAUUUGUUUUUUCCAGGUCGUAAAUGGAACAUGAUAAACUAAGCUCUUGUCCGUUUGCUUGGAAUAGACAAAAUGAUCUCUACUGAUUAUGUUUUUUCUUUGUGGUUUCACUGAUAAUAUUUCGUGACUUUUCUGGUCGGUAAGAGUUUUGUAAAUAAAUACUUCGUGAUAGUCAUU